UCGCCAAACGUCGUAUCGAUGCUAUUCGUGAAUAAAUAAAUGAAUAAAAACAACUCAAAAUAAAGGAACAAAUAAUAUGAGUUUCUCCGAAAAUACGUCAGAUUCCGACUGGAAAGAGGCGAAGUUAAAAGUGAAACUCAAUAGUAGUACUGGCUGUGGAAAGCAGAAAUACAGCCAAAAGUUUUGUGAGAAGUGGCUCAGUCUCUUUGAUCCAUGGCUCCGGCGAUCCGCCGAUGAUCCCAACAAGCCGUUCUGCCGAGCUUGUCAGUGUCGCCUGGAUUGCAAUCGUUGUCAUUUGGAGCGGCAUGAGCGCACAACGAAACACAAACGGAAUCUGGAAUCACUUAUUACCAAAGGCGAAGGUGCUGUGCGAGAGGAAUUGAGUGUACGUCAGGAGCGAAGUAAAUACUAUCAUCAGCGAAAGCGUGCCCUGAAAGCGUGCACGGUAAAGCCCGAACCUGCUGCCAUAGCUCUGGAGAACAUUUCCGAGGCGGUGGCAACUGCAGUUAGCCCUACCGAUGAUGUUAUCGAAGAAAGCUCACACAACUUUGAGGUAAUUGAAGGCACAGCGCAGGAACAGGUACAAAGUACACCCAUUGCAACAACGCAGGCGACACUCACGGCAGCUAACCACAUCAGAAGCCCGCCUAAGGCAAGCCAACCGGUAUCCAGUGGAGCAGUCAAUCGCAGCGCAAACAGUUCGUCCAAUAAAGAAGGUCUUAAGCUUCUUAUGCAAAUACAACAGGAUAAGAACGAACUAAUGGAGUCAUUUCGAGAGCUAAUUGGAGUUCAGUUACCGCACCCACCCCCAAGAGAGAAGAAUCAUGUGGACCUGUUCUUUGACAGCGUCAGCUCCAGUGUCAAAGCUCUUUCCCCAAAACUCGUCGCUGAGGCAAAGAUGCGCGUAUCGCAGCUGAUCUGCGAACUGGAGCUGCGCGCUCUAAAAGAGAAUAGUGCAAAUGGUGACAAUGCGGACAUUGAGAUGCCAAUGCCGACGUCACAGGGCAUCGGGCACCAUAACAUUUCACAUCAUACGCACUAUGGAACUCUGACAUGAAAUUGUUAGCCGGGCUCAAAAUGCAAAUACAUAUAUAUAUAUAAAAGAUUAUGACUAAAUUGUAAAGAAAUUGUAAAUACAUAUGUAUAUUAAAAUCAGUACGGAUUGUACGAACAAAAU